CUACCCGCUCUCCGUAGCUCCUUAACCCGCUGGAGUUUCAAUGCGCGUUGUUGUUUUACGAAGCUGAGUCUUAUACACCACCCGCUGUUUUCCUGGUCAUGGCUUCUCCGAGUUCCUUCACCUACUAUUGCCCUCCAACUUCCUCCCCAGUCUGGUCAGAGCCGCUGUACAGUCUGAGGCCCGAGCACGCGCGGGAGCGGUUGCAGGACGACUCAGUGGAAACAGUCACGUCCAUAGAACAGGCAAAAGUAGAAGAAAAGAUCCAAGAUGUCUUCAGUUCUUACAAGUUCAACCACCUUGUACCAAGGCUUGUUUUGCAGAGGGAGAAGCACUUCCAUUAUCUGAAAAGAGGCCUUCGACAGCUGACAGAUGCCUAUGAGUGUCUGGAUGCCAGCCGCCCGUGGCUCUGCUACUGGAUCCUGCACAGCCUGGAACUGCUGGAUGAACCCAGCCCCCAGGUGGUGGCGACAGAUGUGUGUCAGUUCCUGGAGCUGUGUCAAAGCCCAGAAGGUGGCUUUGGAGGGGGCCCUGGCCAGUACCCACACCUUGCCCCAACGUACGCAGCGGUCAACGCGCUGUGCAUCAUUGGUACCGAGGAGGCCUAUGACGUCAUUAACAGAGAGAAGCUUCUUCAGUAUUUGUACUCGCUGAAGCAACCUGAUGGCUCUUUUCUCAUGCACGUUGGAGGUGAGGUGGAUGUGAGAAGUGCAUACUGUGCCGCCUCCGUAGCAUCUCUGACCAACAUCAUCACUCCAGACCUCUUUGAGGGCACUGCUGAAUGGAUAGCAAGGUGUCAGAAUUGGGAAGGUGGGAUCGGCGGGGUGCCAGGGAUGGAAGCCCAUGGGGGCUAUACUUUCUGUGGCCUGGCCGCACUAGUCAUCCUCAAGAAGGAACGUUCCUUGAACUUGAAGAGUUUAUUACAAUGGGUGACAAGCCGGCAGAUGCGGUUUGAAGGUGGAUUUCAGGGCCGCUGCAACAAGCUGGUAGAUGGCUGCUAUUCCUUCUGGCAGGCAGGGCUCCUGCCCCUGCUCCACCGUGCACUGCAUGCUCAAGGUGACCCUGCCCUCAGCAUGAGCCACUGGAUGUUUCACCAGCAGGCCCUGCAGGAGUACAUCCUCAUGUGCUGUCAGUGCCCCGCUGGGGGGCUUCUGGAUAAACCCGGCAAGUCACGGGAUUUCUACCACACCUGCUACUGCCUGAGCGGCCUGUCCAUAGCCCAGCACUUUGGCAGUGGAGCCAUGUUGCACGACGUGGUCCUUGGUGUGCCUGAAAACGCUCUGCAGCCCACUCACCCUGUGUACAAUAUUGGACCAGAUAAGGUGAUCCAGGCCACCAUGUACUUUCUGCAGAAGCCAGUCCCAGGCUUUGAGGAGCAUGAGGAUGAGGCACCAGCAGAGCCUGCCACCAACUAGUGGACACAGGGUCCCAAGGCUCUUUCGGUGAACACCGAAAGAGUGUUCACCCACCUCCCCAGUCAGACCAAGGUUUAUCUGUUUCGAUACAUACUGCAUUCUAUGCUGCACAAGCCUCGGCCACAAUCGAGCUGUGGUUCUUUGUCCCUUCUUGUCAAACAAAGCAAAACCAAUGGCUCUGGGUUUAGAGAAGUCAGUGGCGUGUUUUUUCAAAAAUUCUUUCCACUCUUAUCAAACCAAAAAUCUGUCAGCCUGUGUAGCAUCUGAACCCAGCUCUGGCCUGGCCUGGGUUGGCUGGGAAGCAGUGCAUGCUGGGAAGAAGCAGCCCCUCCAACUGAACCAUCGUAUUGAAAUGAAUGACAUCUCUGAGUAUUACAGCAUCCAGAGGCACUGCUGCAGUUCUCACUUGCACGCCACCAUUAAAGUCUGGAAAUAAGACUGCUCCAUGCCAAGCGGGAGCUUUGAGUCCCACCAAAAUGAAUUCUUCAGACAAAACCAUGGUGGGGCUUCUCUAGGAGGUCCCCCUGGCUCUGACCUCCUGCCCUGGCCAUUUGCAAGGGAAAGGAGCUGGGGUUGGGGAGAAAGGCCUCCUUUAGUUGUGAGUGCCUCGCCCUCCACAGUGGAGAACUGAGCCACACAUCUCUCCAAGGCCAUGCUUGGCGCACAGGCAGGAUUUGCUUCAGUCCCAGGUGUGCUGGCUUAGACCUGGAAACCAAUUAUGAGUGGAAAAUGAACCUCUAGUUCAACUCUGUGGCAAGGAAGCAGCCCCAGGGCCCACCCCAUCAUGUACAGUGAAGGCCCCUCUGACGUCCUCAAGGCAGCGCCUGCGCCUGUGGCCAUUCUGUGUGCUUCCAUCUUUUCUCCUACCAGACUCCUGGCCCACCCUCAUCCAAAAGAGUGUUGUCUUCUCUCACCCAGAGUAUUAACACUACUAAGUCUUUCACCUUAAUUUCUGACUCAGGAUUUAUUCAUAUCCUGCCCAGUCCAGGUUCAGAGAAAUAAAAUCAAGUGCUAGACAGGCUGGCUGCUGCUCAGGCAGUGGCCGUGUAAACCUGGCUGUGGCAGGGCCGUGUGCUGUGCAGUGUGCUCGGCCUGCCAGAGCCUCUGCUGCUCAUGUGGAACCUUCUCGGUCAGUGGGGCUGAGCUGGUCGUCUGCCCACUGUUGCGGUCACUGCAAGCUCCGUGUCGCCAACCUGGCCGUCAUGUAAGCGGCCAUGGGCCACAGGGCAGAUGGGAGCUCGACGACUCAGCAUGCGGCUCUUCUCAGAAACUUGCCACUUGCUGCCUCUGAUUCCCUAUUGCUUUGGUAUAUUGGGCUAUGUAUUA